AUGAAGCUCAGUGAUAGGUUCAUAAAGUAUUUGAAUUAAGAUGGGAUAUUUUAACCAGAGAAUGAAAACUUAGAGCAAGAUAAUGAGUCAGAUGGAAAUAAUUCUGAUAACGAUGAUGAUUUGUAAAAGUAGUCUUAAGAAAUUUAAAAAGAGUCUGAAGAAGAGAGGUAAAUAUUUUUGGAAGAAGUGAAAUUAUUGAGAAGUUGGAUAGAUUAGACUCUAGAUGAAUGGGGAAAUGGAGUAUUUGUAAAGUUGAAUUGGAGUUCAGGCAAAGAUGCAGAAUGGAUUAAUCCUACUUUCUAGUGUAUAAGUUCAGAUGAAGUUUUCACCACUUUGAAAUCAUCUCAAUUUAUUGCUCACGAUUACACCUGCCCUUUUCAUGAAUCCAUUCCAGAUUUCAAACCAGAACAGUAUUACUUGAUCUUGAGACGCUGGCAUAAUCUUAACUUAGCUAUGGAAUUUCGGUGCUUUUUAAAAGAAGGAAAGCUAAUAGGUGUUAGCUAGAGAGAUACUUCUGCAUACUAUGAAUAUUUAACUAAGCCAGAUUUUAAUAAUCUUAUAUGGAAUAAAAUUGAUGCUUUUGUAAAUGAAAAGUUUAAUGUUGCUUGGUCAAAAUACUAAUCAGAUUUAAGAAAUAUUGUAUUAGAUAUAUACAUAGAUGCUGCUCCUAAAUAUAAGGUUUGGAUAAUAGACAUAAAUCCUUGGAUAGUUGAAAGUGUUGACCCUUUAUUAUUUAAAUGGGAAGAAUUAGAAGAUUUUAGUUUGAAUGAUUGCACAUAAAAACAAUAAAGCUCAUUGUAAUGGGUUAGAGUGAUUGAAAAUAAGAAUAGUAUAAGACCCUCAGAUACAAAUUAAUUCAAAGUUCCCACAGACCUAGAAAGUAUGGAAGAAUUUAUGAGAAAUGUAAAUAAUCACUAAUUUUCUUGA